GGGGGGAAGGGCCGGCCUGCGCCGGGCUCUGGCACCUCAGACUGGCUCCCCAGCCAGCCCCUAACAAAGGGAAGCUCCUGGGCCCAAACCUUGUAGCCGAGCGGGCUGCGGGCCCGGGACUGGGCUGAGGGGGCUGUGGAGGGGGCUGUAGCCGCCGCCUUAAGAGCCGCUGCCGGAACCGCCACCAGAGCCGCGGGAGCCAGCCGCAGUCUGAAUCAGCUAAGCACUGGCAGAGGUGGAGCUGGCUCCAGAGACACAUUGGGCAGAAGGUGGUGGAGCAAAGCUUGGUGGAGACCAGUUAAAUCUGGCACAUCUGUCCCGGGCCUCCUGACGGUUGAAAGGGUGCAAUGCAAUUAAUACAAUGUCACCUUUGAAUGGGGGUGUUUGGAGAAUGUCAUCAUGAAUGAGGAGUCCUUUUUCCAUUUGGCCACUCUGCAGGACAGCCUGUGUGAUAUUGGAGUGAUUUCUUACCCUGUGCCCGGGGACACUGUAUGCUUCAGUAUGGUCCAUAUCAACUUCCUCAAAAAAAUUAUGUAUGGGCUCUUGGCCUUCCUCCUCUUCCUCACCGUCUGUCUGUGGAAUGAAUCAAAGAAAGGGUACUCAGUUUCCCUGAAAUUGGAAUCAAAAAACUUCCAGCUGCCCAGAAACCUGCAAUUUUUGGCUAGGAAGUUGGGUCCAAAGCCUGUGUACAUGACAACAAUGACGAACUCUCCAAGAGGGAGCAGCAUUCCAAAUGGCGCUAGAGACAGAUCCCAGGCUGAGAGGUUCAAUGCCAAGGUCUGGGAUGAGGACAGCUCCUCCAAGAACCUUCCUCCCCGGUUGCAGAAGGUCAGGAAGAACUAUUUGCACAUGAACAAAUAUAACGUGACCUUUAAAGGGGUGCGUCAGUUGAAGAAGCUUAGUCUCAGUGCCUUGCUAUGUCAGCUCGCAAGUCGAGUGAAAGUUACCAUGAUAGAGGGGGUGGACUACCCCUUCAACACCUCUGAGUGGGAAAACGCUCUGCCUCAGAAGGAUAUCAGAGCCAACUUUGGGCAACUGGGCACAUGUGCUGUUGUAUCAUCUGCUGGAUCCCUGAAGGCUUCAUCCCUGGGCAGAGAAAUAGACAGUCAUGAUGCUGUCAUGAGGUUUAAUGGGGCACCUACAAGAAAAUUUGAGCAGGAUGUAGGACAGAAGACAACUUUUCGCCUGGUCAACUCUCAGUUGGUAACUUCAGCCAAGCACAACUUUCUUCAGGACAGUUUAUACAAAGAAGGAAUCUUAAUUGUGUGGGACCCCUCUCCAUACCAUUCUGAGAUCCCAGAGUGGUACAAGAAACCCGACUACAAUUUCUUUCAAAACUACAAGCAAUAUCGCAAAGAGAACCCCCACCAGCCCUUUUAUAUCCUCAGCCCCAAGAUGCCAUGGGAGCUUUGGGACAUCCUCCAGGAGAAUUCCCCAGAGGACAUUCAGCCAAAUCCCCCAUCCUCAGGGAUGCUUGGCAUUGUGAUCAUGAUGAGCUUCUGUGACAAGGUGGAUGUAUAUGAAUUUUUGCCCUCAAAGCGCAAAACAGACAUUUGUUACUACUACCAGCGCUUCUUUGACAGCGCAUGCACUAUGGGUGCCUACCACCCUCUUCUCUUUGAGAAAAACAUGGUGAAGCACCUCAACGAAGGGGCAGACGAGGACAUUUACCUGAAAGGGAAAGUGACAGUGUCUGGAUUCCGGAAUGUCCGCUGCUAGCAGCUAGGCAGGUUCCUGGUCUGCUUUGCCCUUCCCUGCCUCUCUUCCUGCUGACCCCAAAGGCCUUUUCCGAAGCACGUUGACCUGCCCAGAAAGUUCUGCUCUGCCACUCCACUGCUGGGGAAGCCAUUUCCUUCAUUUUGAUUGCUUCCAUUAUGUUUCACUGGUCCGCUACAGCAGGCUGAGGUCAGAGAACACAGGCACAUCCCGCCCCUGGCUGCAGAGCUGAGGGAUCGUGGGAACUGGAGAGUCAAACUCAGAUACACAAAGGGCUCCUUCUCCAACAGGCCCUUCCCAGGGCUCUCUGUAAGGCCCACUUUCCUGGUCAGCUUUGGUCCCUGAAAUUAGAAGGAAUCCCCAGUUCUCUCCCCACCCCACGUGGUGCUGCAUUCUAUCAGUGGUGCGGUCCGUGGGCAGGAAUUAUGGUGUAGAGAUUCACAUUCUCUUCUUGACAACAGUCACCACAGUCCUGAUGGCCUUUAUUAGAUCUGUAUCUAGUAUCAAGGAGUAUCAAGCCAAGAAAGCAUUUUUUUCCUUGUCUCAAAAUGUUUUCAUUUCAGGAAGUCAGCCAGUAACAAUAUCAUUUCCCAGUCCCCAGCCCCAGUCCUCAAGUCCUCUUGGUGAUCUGCAGCCUUUCGCUUUGGAGGCUGAUCUCCAGUAGGCCUGGGCUAGUCUGGCACAGAAAAAGCACCUUUGGGGCCGCUCAAUUGCUCUCUGUGCAUGCUUCCUCUCUUGGGCUGGGGUCCCAGCUCCACCUCUUUCUGGUUGGGGGAUGUCGGGCAGAUCUCAUCAUCGCUCUGAGCCUCAGUUCCCUCAUCUGUAAAAUGGGGAUAACAAAGCUACCUACCUCACAGGGUUGUUGUGGGGCUCCAAUGAGAGAAUGUCUGUAAAGUGCUUAGUAACUGUAAAAUGUUCUCUGAAUGUGAAUGGGUAUUGUUAAUGGUUUGUUUUCCUGUACAGCUGAUUGCCUGUGUUCUCUAAAGUCUACCACUGGAGGAAAGCAAUAUGUGUUUUUAAACUUGCAGUGUUUGGUUGACAUGGAGUCAUAGGAGAAUAGGACAUAGAAUGGAAAGGACCUUAGUGACUGUCCAGUCAAGGUCUACUGAUUCCCAGGGAUACGUGGAUACAUUUCAAGAGGUCCAUGACCUCGGAUGAGAAAAAAGUAGCAUCUUUAUUUUCACUAAUCUCUCCCUGAAAUCAUGCAUUUCCUUUGAUUAUGAAUGUAGGCAAUAAAACCUUAUUCUGAGAAGGGUCCACAAGUUUCAUCUGACUUCCUAAGGGGUCCCUGACACAGAAGAGGCAAAGAACCCCUAAUCUAGUCCAAACCCUCAUCUUAAAGAUGAUUUUGGCUGAGCUCUAGGGAGAUUAAAUGAUUUCUCCAAGUUUAUGGAGGCAGGAAAUAGCAAAGUUGCAGUUUGCAUCCUGUCUACUGACUCCAAUCCAGCUUGUUUUCCAAGACACCGCUGGUUUUUCCUGAUCACCCGCUGUAUGCCCAGCCCUAUGCCAGGCUCCACUGUCUGGGAGAGAAGCGUUGGGGACAUGGCUACCCAAGCUAGUAUGAGAUAGGGAGCAUAUAUACGUAGGACAGCCAAAGCAAGGCAUUGUAUUAUUUAAGUACAAGCAAACUUAUUGAAGGGUGAUCAAGUGGAAUUUGAUCAGGUGGCAAAAGCUCCUGAAAAAGUCCUCAGUUGGGGACAGUGGUGGAGGUGCCAUUAUAUUUGGUUUCUAAGAUUUCUUCCAACUCUUAAGCUUCUGAUUCUAAGACUUAGUCUUCCAUCCCUUUAAUGCCUACAGCUCAGACAUAAUAUUGCUGUUGAACCUGUGUCACCUUCUGGGCUUUUAAAUUUUCUUUUUUUAAAAAAAGGAUUCCUCUGAACCUUGGGAAUUUCCUGCUCUGUUCUCUGACUCAUUGGCAAAAUUGUUCUGAUAUUUGAUUCUGAGAUACGAAAGGCAGCAAACUGAGAUCAUCGAGGUAUUCAGUGGGGAUACCGGGAAUAGUAACCGUGAUGGUCAGAAACCAAUCUUUUAUCUAAAUGUUCCACUUAAUUUAAGGAAGCUUCUUGAGGCUGUAAUAUUUUGAAAUCUAUAUUCUCUAUAUGGAGAAAUAAGGUGAAAUAAGAUUGAAAUAUAAUUACUUCAGUGUUGGUCUCCUGAGAUAGUUAAUGAUGACUAUAAGAUUUCCAUGACUUGGUGCUGUGGGCAGGUCUUGUAUUCGAGUAGUUUUUUGUCUUAAUUCCCACGUUGAAAUCUGUCUUCCCACAGCAUAUCUGUCUGAUCCUUUCAACUAAUCAUGUAAGCUUCUAGGGUUCACUUAGAGUUGCAAUAGCAGACUCGGAAACUUCUGGGUUCCAGAAGGCCUGAGAAAGCUGUGGAAAUUAACUGGGAAUAGCCAAAGAAAUUGUACAAAUUUUAAUAAAUUUUGUUUUAUAAAAGUUGA